AAAAACCACAGAAAAAGUAAAAUAAAAAAAACCAGCACUAAAAUCUAAGCGAUGCGCAUUUAUCACUUCUGGCACUGUCGACACCUCAUGGCAUCAAUUGCAUUCACGAGACUCGAGCAACUACUACCUCCAAAAUCCCCGGUCAGGGCCCGUUAAUAACCGGUUUAACCCGAAAACCCGACCCGGUUUCCACCUUUAACCUCCCUUCUGGCUUCUGCAGUGAUAGCAUCGCCCAGUCUCUCUCGUUUGAACCUGAGAUUCUGACCCGACCCGACCCGGUAUAACCCGAAAACCCGACCCGGGAUCAGUCUUUUAUGCUCUUUCUGCAGUGAUACACCAUCGCCAGUCUCACUCCUCUCGUUUAAACCUGAGAUUCUGACCCGACCCGACCCGGUUUUACAUCCUAACCGUCAUGGACUUCUCCACAACAACGACGACGAUUACUUCCACGGCGGCGAACGGUUACAGCUCGCCGCGAGACUCUUCAAUCCCUUCGAGCUUCACAAAGUUCAACUCCGCUCUAACCGCGGGCCUCCUCAAUCCGAUGUCUCCUCCUCCUCCUCCUCCGGCGACGCUCGACAAGUCGUCGCGAGCUAGCCCGACGCUAUUCGAGAUGAUGUCCAGCGAAUCCGGAUCUCCGGUCCAGAUCCAGAACCUCGCGCCUCCUCCGUCUUCCUCCUCGAGGACGACGAGCGGGAGCCAUCUCGUCAUCUCGGCUCAGGACAAGCAAGCCCUCGCAAUGCAGCGGAUAUCGAAUCUCUUAGUGACUCGGAGCCCCGGGAACCAGUUCAACGACCCGGCUUCGAGCGACGUGAAGCUCACUCUGAGCUCCAAAGACGGGAUUUGCGUCACGAUGUGCGUGCACAGGCAGAUUCUCGUCGCUCACAGUAGGUUCUUCGCCGUGAAGCUUUCCGAUCGAUGGUCGAAACAGCAGAUGGCGCCUCCUCCGUCGUCUUCUCCUUACAUUGUCGAGAUCUCGGAUUGUGAUGACGUGGAGGUUUAUAUAGAGACGUUGAUGUUGAUGUACUGUAGGGAUCUAAGGAAGAAGAUGAUGAGGCAGGAUGUUUCUAGGGUUCUUGGUAUCUUGAAGGUUUCUGCGGCUAUUGGGUUUGACGCUGGAGUGCUGUCGUGUCUGGAGUAUUUGGAAGCUGCACCGUGGUCGGAAGAUGAAGAGUGCAGGAUCGCUUCGUUGUUGUCUGAGCUACACCUUGAGAACGUGGGAGCUACAGAAGUUUUGAGAAGGGUUUCUGUGGAAGCUAGUCAUAAUGGGAGCAACGAUGAGGUGCUUUUAAAUCUUUUGCAUAUAGUUCUCGAGGGGAAAGACGAGAAGGCGAGGCGUGACAUGAAGACCCUCGUUUCGAAAAUGCUUAGAGAGAACUCCUCUGGGAACGAUCUUAGGAAAGAGUCAUUGUAUUUAGCCUGUGACGGGUGUUUGCAUAAGCUCAAGCGUCAGUUUCUGCAAGCGGCGGAGUCUGAUUUGGAGAAUGUGGAUCAGAUAGCGAGACAAGCGGAUAAUCUGCACUGGAUUUUGGAUAUUUUGAUUGAUAGACAGAUCGCAGAGGAUUUUCUUGUGAUGUGGGCUUCGUUAUCUGAGCUGUCUGAUGUGCACGGUAAGGUUCCCGUUGUUCAUAGGUUUGAGAUUAGUAGAGUGACGGCGAGGAUCUUUGUUGGGAUUGGGAAGGGGCAGAUUCUGACUCCGAAGGAGGUGAGGUGCUUGUUGCUGAGGAACUGGUUGACACCUUUCUAUGAUGAUUUCGCGUGGAUGAAGAGAGCGUCGAAAGGGCUUGAUCGGUAUUUAGUGGAGGAUGGUUUGAGCAAUACCAUUCUCACACUUCCUCUUGCUUGGCAGCAAGAGUUUUUCUUGGCUUGGUUUGAUCGGUUCUUGAACUCGAAUGAAGACUGUCCUAAUAUCCAGAGAGGGUUUGAAGUUUGGUGGAGACGGGCCUUCUGGAGAAGGAAAGAACAGAGUCAAGAGUCUCCUCGGCUUAGAAUCAUAGCUUCGGCCACUGAUAACUCUUGAGAGAGAUCUGUUAAACCCUGUGCGCUGUUUCUUGAGGAUCACACGGUGAGGAAAGAAGAUGAAUCCGAAUCCGAAAGAGGAGGUUAUGUGAGAUAUUGGACUCGGGAUUGGGGAAUGGUGAAUGGAGGUGUUGUGCAAGCUUAAUCGAAUUUUAAUACAUCGAUCGAUCACGAUUAGAAUUAGUUUUUGCAUGAACAUGAUCGUUGGAAGUAGUUUUCGUUUUGAUUGAGCCAGAGCUCGUUUUUUUUUUGUACAUCUCUCUCUUACGUUUUCUUAUUAGUAUCCAAUGUAUCUGAAAAGUAACUUUGAAGUCAAACCACUCUCUAUGCUUUCUCUACUUUUGUUACGGCUUUAAUUCAUGAGGUUCUGUCUUCUUGUUUCGUAUACUAAAAUGACGUUGAAAA